CAUUACAGUGUUAACACUAAGCCACAUUUGACGCACUGCUACAAACAAUAAUUAAGCUUAUUAGCGAGUUAAUUCAUAUGUAAAUACGAAAAACAUUCUGUAAACUAAAGCUAAACAUGUACAAGCUGUGGAAAAUCAUCACUACAAAAUGGUCAACAAAGCGCUCUGGCUAUGACUUAGGCCAUGCGAUAAAAAUGGAAGUAGUUAAUAUAGGCGAAGGUCGGUAUGAGCAAAGUGAAAAUGUCCCAGGAAGUAGUAUUGACAGCGACGCCUCCAGCAGCGCGUUUGAAAGCAACGACAGCGACCACUUUAGCGAAGACUUGGACAAGACGUCAGAAGAUGGUGACCUGAAAGAGGACCUACAAAAGACAAUACCAGAAUGUUACAAAUCAGACUCGAACUUCUCAUCACAUACAACAAGCAUCACAAACGACGAAGAGUUUCAGGCGACAGCGCUAUGCCAGUUCAUGGAUAUAUUGAAUGAUUUGGACGAAGUUUUAGAUAAGUCUUUACUGGCGUGCCUUGACGAUGGAACGAAAAAUUUCGACAGCGACGAAGAGGAUCUCAUUUGUAAGAUUAAGGAAUGCAUUGGGGAGGCUCAAGGAGAAUCAGAUCGUUCGGAAGCACAGAGUUCUGUUGACGACAAUACUCAAGUAAUCACAUGUUCCAAUGUGCGUGCGUCAGCACCGCCUAUGGAAACCGCCUAUGACAUCACACCAAGUAUUUCCGAGAGGUCAAAUCUCACAAGCCUAGGUCGGUCGAAGAGUUUUUCAGAACUCACUGACAAUGAUAGGCAAGCUUUAGUUUCAUCAUUAGAGAGAGCAAGUACGACAAACGAAGCAUUACGAAACUCGAUGAGGAGAUUAGAUCCUAUUGUUCUGCCAGCGAUAACUGCAGAGUCGUCUUGCGAGCCUCUAACGUUGCCGGUGAUACUUUUUUUGGAGCAUAAUAUUAACAUGCGGCCGACGAGUGCUCCGAUACAGUUGCAAGUGACGGCAGCGAAUCUGAGUAGUGAUGGUGCUUCAGGGCCUCUGAUUGUGGGGCGCCGUGCCUUACUGAUGAACCGGACGCUCUCGCUCCCGUCACCCGGGGAGAGUGACGUCACAGCCGGGGACUGGACUGGACGAAAUACUGCCAGGAGUACAGCAAGGAGCACAAGUGCGUCCAGUUCUUCUACAGAAUCCUUAAACGUUGCUCCUAUCAUUCAAAAUGCUUCAAGUGCCACUGAGGAGAGAAACGAAGAGACUGAAGAACCUCCUUUUGGAGUGUGGCCACAUCGUAUGAGUGCCAUGCUGGCGUGCCUCAGUUGUACCGUGGGAAUAUUUAAUAUAUCUAGAUUUGCCAUAUUCAGUGUUCAUUUCGGAGCAAGCUUCAUAAUACAGUUUUUUAUACUGUCUUUUUUAAUUGGAAUACCGUUGUUUACGUUGCAUUUAUGUUUGGGCCAAGUGUUGGAGUCUGGGCCAGUGGACAUGUGGCGUAUAUCGCCGAUAUUCCAAGGCGUAGGAGUAUCGUUGCUCAUUACUCAAGCCGUGAUUGGCAUGUACAGCAUAAUCGGACUGUCUUGGAUAUUUGUUUUCUUUAGAGACUCUUUUAUAACGUCCAACGACAGAUACAAAUGGGCACUACCGCACGAAUUCAAUUUUGAAGAUGCUGUUGCAAAGAAUGGUACUUAUAAAAUACAGGAAACUCUGCCUCAAUAUUUUCAUGGCGAGGUUUUACAAAGGAAUUUGGGGUCCAAUAGUUCGUAUUUCGGCACAAUAAAGUUUCAAGUAGCUUUCAAUUUAGCUGUAGUGUGGAUGAUAGUGUUCGUCGCGCUGAGCAAAGGAUUGAGGUCUUACGGCAAGGCUGUCUACAUGCUGAUAUUUCUGCCGAUCUGCGGGACAUUAGUGCUCUGUACCAAAUUACUGACUCUAAUACCGUACGACACCGUCGUCAAUAUAUUCUCCGAGACUGAAUGGAGCGAAUUCUUCAUAAAUAGUAAUAGUUGGGCAGCAGCUGCCCAGGAAACUUUUCUAACUUGGGGCCUCCUUGGUGCCUGUAUAAUGCAGCUUACUUCACACAAAAACGCCAAAAAUAAGACUAAUGUAAUACUGCAGAAGGAAAGUGCGUGUAUAGUGGCAUUUACAUUCGCCGUGUUGUUAUUGGGAUCGUUUUUGGCCAACACUUGCGUGCAAAUAUUGAAGAAUUAUGGCUACGUUUAUAUACCGGGUAGUUUCGAAACGGUAAAAUCAACUCAAUUCUUGUGGCCAAUAACGGAACCCAUGCCUGGUAACGUGGUCUCAACUCCAGUUCGCUAUAUGGGCCAUUACGGCAGUUUAGUGGGAGUUACAGUAUGGAAGACUGGCAACACCGCCCGCACUCUCAGCGGGUGGCAACCCUUGCAGCUGGCAACACAGAUCGUGCCCGCUACUCUUGCUGUACUACCCGCGAAUUUGUUGUCUCCAGCAUGGGCGGUGAUAUUCUACUUCAUCAUAAUAAUGUUCGGCAUAGCUCAACAGCUAGCGAUAUGGCACUGCGUAAUCACCGGUAUUAUGGCGAUUAACGCCGAAGCGCUCAAAGUUUGGGAAACUACCAUCACGUUUUUAAGCUGUGUUUUUGGACUGGCUAUGGGACUGCUGUUAAGUACUGAUGCUGGUAUCCGCAUAGUACAUUUCAUGGACUACGUAUGGGUGGGGUCGUGGUGGCAAUGCGUGGUUCAAGUGGCUCUAGCGACCGGCGUGUUCGUGGUACGCGGGCGGCCCUACUCGCCCGACGUGGUGGUGGCAGCGCUGUACUCCUCGCGUAGCAGGCUGUCCGCUACGCUAGCCGCGCUGCUCAGCUUCACUUGGACCGUGGUGCUGCCGGUGCUCUUGUGUGCAAUUUGCGUAAUGGAUUUCCGAGUGGGCCAGCAGAAACAGAUGUAUAGUUGGAGGAAACCUGUCGGCUAUUGGCCAGUAUGGAGUCGUCAGGUCGCAGUGUUUAUGCAACAGGGAGCGUUACUCCUAGUGCCUAUCGCUGCCUUCAUACAAACGUGGCGCUACAUGAACAAGGGACCUCCUGAUAUACUCGAUCGCAUACAAAACCUCUACCGUCCUCGGAUGGGCGGUUCGAACUCGCCCCUCCCACCAGGCCGCGCGGCCCCGCCCCCCGCGCCCGCGCCUCCCGACCCGCCGCCCAAGUACACCCCACCGCCUUCGUACUCUACUGCCACGGGGGCCAGGCUGCUCAAUACUAUACGACGGAGCUUCAGGACUUUACGAAGAAUCACAACAGCCCGCUCAGAGUUAUCGCCUGCAGAAGACACGACACAGCUUCCAAUAACCGUCAGUGAGACCGUCGAGCGAGAUGCCUUAGUAUCCCUCGAAUCCCAACCGCCUGACUACAGCGGCGUUUUCGCAACACCGUCUAUAACCAUCACAGACGAAACAGACUCCAGGACUUCACGACCAAGAUCAUCAACAUCACGAAACUCCUUAUCCUUAACCAGAGACUACCUUCGAAGAUCAUUCGUACGUAAAAGUGACUCAGCAAAGAGUAUCCGCUCUAGUUUACGAAGGAGUUUCAAGUACGGCGGUGCCUUAACCAGUAGUCACGAACAGUUGGUGCGCGGCGCCGAACCUAUGUCGAGUACUGUGGCGAUGUCAGCUGUAAGUACUGUUCACGAUUCUCAUAGCCGCGCAUCCGUCAUAUAAAUUCCUCUUAGAGCUCUCGUACAUGCAAACUUCUGGUCGGCCGAUUGAUUUUAUGGGCUCAUACAUCUCACAUCACAAAGAUCAGGUAUUUAGCCGAUUAAAUCAUAUGAUUGAUUGAUUGACUCUGACUCAUGAUUUUCUUUUUUAAAAAAUUGCCAACUGUCCGCCGACUGUAAGUUUGCAGUAUGUGGGUAUUCUUAUCCGCCUUUCAUAUCAUCCCUUUCAAAAAUAUUUUGUAUUAUUCGCCUUAAACCGUUACAAUGUAUUUUUAAGCGUAGUUAUAGUACUUAAAUGUAUAGAAGUAUCCAUUAAUGGGAAUGUUGUAAUACUUUUAAAGUUAAAGGUAUAACCAAUUAAUGUAGGCAUCUAUACGUACAUGUUCAAUCCCGAAUAAUAAAUGUAUCUGUAUAUUGGAAACGUUUUAAAGUUUGUUUCUUGUCGCGACUGUACGUCGACGAUUGUUAUAAUAUUAAUUUGUGUUUUAGACGCUAGGCCUUAAGAUUCGUAAUUUUAAAUUAGUUAAGUUAGUUCUUAAUCAAUGCUAACAUAAUAAGUAGUCAUAAUGAAGAGGAAUCUCAGUUACUCCAAUAUUUUUUUAAACAUUGUUAAUCCUUUAUUUUGUGUGAGCACAAUAAAUGAGCCAUUUAGCUAGGUUUAUAAGUAUAGCAUAAAGUGUACUUACAUUGUAUACUUAAAUUGAUAAUAACCUCAGAGCUUAGAAAGAAAUGUGUUUAACAUUUGGAAAAUGUGAAGACGAUUGUUAACGAUUAUUUUGUAAUGAAAACGUGACUCAAUCAGACUAGAAAUGUGUUCUCGUUAAAUUAUUAUGAGCGUGUAUUUCUAAAUUAUUAGAAUGAAAUGUUCGAUGUUGGCAAUGAAUGCAGUUUGAUGUUAAAUUCGUUAGUGAGAUAACUUUGUAAAGAGCGAUGCCUCUCGCCUAUUGUAAUGUUUAGAUGUGUGAAAACCCCAUUUUAUUAUAGAAUAGAACGUAUAUUUUAAACUCGAUGAAGGUUGCAAUUUUUUUAUAUCCAUUUUAUGGAAAUAAUAAGCGUUACGUAAUAAAUAUUACGAAAAAGUACUAGAUAUAAUACAAAAUCAGUGUUCGAUGGUAACUAUAAAUGGCAGCAAUCCCUUGUAUAAUCGAGUCAUAUUUAAAAUCGAUAUGAAUGGCUAGAUAUCGAUAAUCGAUAGGAACAAAUCGAAUCGAAGCAAUAUAGUGAAUCAAUGAUUAGUUGAAUGUGUCAAGUACAAUGAAUUUAGUUCAGUAAGCGAACCGGUUGUUCGAUAGAUAUAGGUGACAAUGAUGUCUGCUUGUUUAGUUCCUUUCUUGCAUUUAUGUAAAACCGGCUACUCACUAUUUGAAAAUUAUCAUUUAUCUGAUUAAGGCACUGUAUAUCUUCACAAAGAUCAAGGCUCCAAACAGAUUACUGAUGACAUGAGAUAGAAAAUCAAUGGAAACUCCACAAUCUCAUCUGUUAUGAGCCUCAUUAAUCAAUAUCUAUGUACUUAUUGCGAAAUUACAAUCGAAAAAUCACAAAAUAAUUUUAAGAUUAGCUUGUUAUUAAAUCAGUAUUAAUUUGUCUCCGCUUGUAAUAUAGUGCGUAGCUGGCUCAGUGCAUUUGUGUUCUUCAAAAUUUAUUGUUUAGUUCUAGUCACCAAUGCUUCCACCUUAUAAGUUGUAAACAUUUUCGUAUAACAUCACAUUUUACUAAAGCAUUAUAUUUUUAUUAAUUUAAGCACAUUUUUGUUGCACUUCUAUUAUAUUUUUACCCUUUUUAUUUUGCGCGGUCUUUUACAUUCCACAUUGUUGAAAUGUUUAUGAAUUAGGUAAUAAAACAUUUUUACACUACCAUGAA